UUGACAGUUAUUCAAGGUCGACAGUUUUUAGAUGAAUAAUUAUAAUGACAACAGUCGUGUUUGCUUCGUGUUAAUGUUGAAACGAGUUACAUAGUUCUGACCGUUAGAGAUGCGGUGAUUCGUAAACGUUGAACAAUGGUAGCCGCUCGCCGUUAUCAUGCAGUCCACACAGAUGUCUGCCAUGCAACACUUUGUGGUGGGCAACAAUUGUCCACCUGUUUACCAAAGCUGUCUUUUUCAUGGCCAUUCAAGCCUCACUGACACCAGCAUGGAGGUAUCAAGGAGAAGAGUCCUCCAGAAACAUCUGGAGCCAGCCAGACCCCUGCGCCGCUACCUCCAUGGUGUAAUUGAGCCCAACGUAAAUGCUGCUACAUGUGCACAGGCACUGAUGGAGGUGGUGCAUCAAGAGGCAAAUGACGAGAUAGAGCAGUUCUACAAGAUUGUCAACAUGCACAAACAGAAAGAAGGCAGAAUAUCUUACACAAGGGAUUUUUUAAUCGCGCUGGCGAAUUGUCCUGAGGCCAGGAAGAAGCCGGAAUUCUUGCCCGAGCACCCCAUAGUCUUAACUGAAGCAAGAGAUGUUGGUGACCAUGAAAUGAUGGCAGAAAGGCUUCACUCACCUUAAAAAAUUCCCCAGGUGUUGACUACCCAAAGAGUGCUUCUCUUGUCUUUUUUUUUUCUUUCUACUUGCUUUUCUUGGUGAAUAUAACUUAAAAAAUUUUAAUUUGCACGUUUAUUAUUUUGAUAAGAGUUUGAUGUGAAGUUGCACAAAUUCCUAACACUAAAAAACACUUUAUUUGCUUGAGUAUUGUGUUUUUCUAACAUUUUCUGCUGUGAAUGGUUGCAGUGAAAUAUGUGUAUUUUGUAAAAAUGUUCUAAAAAAAAAAUAUAUAUUGGCUGCUUUUGAGCUGUGGUGACAAUGUUUCGUUUAAAGAAACUACUGGGGGGAAAAAAAGCAUAAUCUCUCACCAUACUAGAGUCAUGAAUAGUAAACCCUACCUGAAGUCAUCUGCUGUAUCAUCUGCAUUGUGAUUGAACGUGUGUUACUAAACAUGUGGACUUCUCUCAUAAAGUACAGUCUGACUCAACA